AUGAAACACGACACGACUAGGUCAAAGUUUGGACCCAGCAAAUGUCAGUUCAAUGGUUGCACCGUUUCCCUCUCGAAUCCGACUCCAUUCGCGUUGAUUUGCCACAUCGGUAUUCACUCGACGAAUAAACGAUACACGUGUACUGGCUGCACCUACGGCUGGGCCCAAUUCCAUCAAGCGUAUACACACACGAAACGCUGCGAACGAGCUGCUAAUGUAAAGGAUAAUAUAGACGAGACGAUGUUAUUGGAUUGGAUCGAGCUGGGUCGAGUGUGCUUCCCCGAUCGAGUCGACGAGAUUCAGAAAUCCGGUCAAAAGCAACUCAUCAAGGCUCGGGAAAACGAGAAUCACGAUCCGCUUCUCUCCGUCUCCGACUACAGCUUCAAUGUCAAAGAGGAAAUGGAUAGUGAUGAAGGCAACCAAUCGCUCUCUUCGCCACUCUCAGCAACACUAGCGGCGAUAGCGAGGAUCGUCGAGCUACCGAAUCACUGCAAAUCGGAGGAAUCCUGCUCGAGCAAAUCUACCGCCGAAACGAGCGCGGUGAAGAGAAAAUUUCUGAAGACGAAAGACACCGAAACCGCAUCCACCGCCGAUGUGAAACGCUUCAAAUUGCAUACGCCCAGCAUUUUCACUGGCUCGUGGGAGGAGUCACCGAAGCACGAAUGUUCCUCUUGUCAACAAAGGUUUGAGUGCUUCUUU